UCAAUUUAGAUUCGAUUGUGGUUAGUUUGGAAACGUGUCGAGUAAACUCGAAAUUGUGAUCGCGAGUAAUCGCAGGCACCGAAAGAUCGUGGCGCUGUGUUGAGCGUGCGCUGACGCCAUAGUGUGUGCGAGAGGCGAGAACAGCCGAAAUGGAGGAGAGUCAAACAUCGGAAAGUGUCGCCGUGCUACCGGACAUGUCCGAACCGUUGACGAGCGAAACCGAGGAUGCGUCUGCCCUAAAGGUCGAGCACGAGGAGCAUACCGUCGCCGUGACGGCGAGCGUCACUCCGGUACCGGGUGUUCCUGGUGUUCCAGGAGUCGGUGUACCGGUUUCUUUACCCGUUGGUUCUAUCAUUGGUGUAGCGAAUUCGACCAACGGCACGACCUUCAACGUCAUCACAUCAGAUCAACUACAGUUGCCCGGAUCAGGUCAGUUUAAGCAGAUGCUAUGUGUAGAUAAUGGUUUCAUUUGUGAACCACGGCAUGACAAGGACACGGACUCUUUACGUUGGAAUGGUGAAUUAAAAGCAACACAUAUAGUAAUCCAAAAUAGUACAGAAGAGCCAGAAUCAGAACAGAUUCAUGUCUCUACUGCUAAUACUCAACCAAUAUGCAGUUGGUCAGAGUCCGCUAAUUUAGCAGUAUUACCUGUUAGAUGUAAAAAUACGAAUGCUGAGUUGCACAAAAGUAGAUUUGGAUCUGGGGGAAGAGGAAGAUGUAUCAAACUUGGGCAAGACUGGUAUACACCAAGUGAAUUUGAAGCAUAUUGUGGGAGGGCAUCCAGUAAAGAUUGGAAACGCAGUAUUAGAUUUGGUGGUAGAAGUUUGCAAACAUUAAUUGAUGAGCAAAUUUUAAAGCCACAUGCUACUUCUUGCACCUGUGCAGCAUGUUGCGAUGAUGACAGUGCAACAGGUCCUGUAAGAUUGUUUACACCAUACAAACGUAGAAGAAGGGCUAGAGAUACAUCCGAUGGAGAAACACCAUCGCGCAAACUUAAAAGUGAUACUUCGCGCGAUGGCAGUAAUAAUGAGGAAAGCGAUAGUGAAGUUGUAGUACCUGAUAAAGAAGUAUGGCCUCAAUUUGUUUCAACAGAUGGUUUAGUUGUACAACAGCCGCAAGAUCAAGAUACCGUUGUUCAAAAUGUACAUCAAACAGAAAAUGGACAAAGCGACGAUAUAUUUAAAAAGCUCGACGAAAUGUCCAAUAAAAUGUUAAAGUUGGCCUAUGAAUUUAGGCGUACAUUAGAAGAAGCUAAGGAAGUAAACAGACAACAAAGAAGAGAGCAGGCUUUAGUGGCGCAAUUAGGUGGUAGAGGGGAUGUUAUUGAAACUGUUGGUUUACAACCAGCAUCGGAUACUCAUAACAAAAAGUGUGCCAACUGUAAUAGAGAAGCAUUUGCGGAAUGUUCGUUAUGUAGGCGAACGCCUUAUUGUUCUACAUUUUGUCAACGUAAAGAUUGGGCGGGUCAUCAAGUGGAAUGUGUAAGAGGUGCUGCAGAAACUGUAAUGCUUAUAGUUGAAAGUAGUAGUGGAGAUACUAGUGCACUUGCUACGACUGCUGGGGACCAAUAGCUAGUGUUCCUCACACCUAUUCACCAAAGUAACAUAGGAACUGAACAAACUAACUUAGAAACUUCGAAAUUGAGAGAAGAGACGAAGACUUUAAAAAAAUCUGUUUAAUGAUCAAUGAGUCAAAAAGUUUUGUAUAUAUAGUAGUAAAUAUUUUAUAUAUAUACAAAAGUUAAAUUGUAACGAUAUUAUUAAGUAAAUAAGUAAAUUUACACUAAAGUUGAAAUUUUUUAAAAUCAAGAUUCAAAAUUAUGCUAUAUACGGAUGAAAGAUCGUAAAUCAAAUAAUUGUAAAAAUAAACAACAACAUGUACGUAUAUACAUACGUAUACUACUACGUACUUUGAACGUACGGAACACGCGCAUGCGUAUGUUGUAUCACGCAUGAUAAAAUAUACCUUUAUGAAUCAUUUUUUUUUUUUACAUAAAUUUAUAUCAGUGACCAAAGGAGGUAAUUACGCUUUUAUGGAUAUUAUUUAUACACACUGUCUCUUUUUUCUUCUGUUUGUAGGUACUAUUUUGAACUUCUUCAACUUUUUUUGUUAGUACAAAUUUAAUAUUAUGAGGACAUUAUAAAAAUGAUAUUUAGAAUGAAGGCUAGCUUCUAUUUUAUGAAUAUAUCGUGUCACACAUUUAUAUCAUCUCUCACACAUAUUUACACUUCAAAUCGAUGUUCUAUAAACUCGCAGUCAUAAUGGAUUUCACAUAGUUACAAUAGUAUCAUAUCAUUUUUUCACUUGAAAUAGCAGAAAAAAUAUUAAUGUAUAUCUGCAUAUAUAUACCUAGUAUGCAAAUUAUAACGGUGAUAACACAAAAAGUUUAACAAACAUCACUAAACAAGAAACACGGUAUCAAAUGUAUUAUAUAGCUAUUAUUUUUAAUAUAUGAUUUUCUAAUCAAAUUCGUAACGAAUAUCAUUUACUAGAGUAUUUUAUAAGCCAUAUUAUUACCAUCAUGAUUCAUAGCAUUAUUAUUAUUAUUAUUGUCACUAUUAAUGCUGUUAAUUAUAAUAGAACGAUCACAACAAGUAUUUUGUUAAGUAAAACAUGAAGGUUUACUUUGUUUAUAUACAAAGUGAACAGAAAAAAAAAUAAAUAUUGUUUUCAUCAAUUAUUAAA